CUACAGAGAGUUCAAAACAUGAGCGGGAAGGAAUUUUAUUCUGCUCUAGGUCAUAACGUUUGCUUUUAUUUAUUUUUUUGCGUCACAACGAGUUGAGUUCAGUUUCACUUUCAUUCUUUCUCUUUCAAACGAGGAAGCAGCUUUUUGCUCGUCUUUCUGUUCGGCUUUAGUAUUUUAAUAUUUAUUCGAUGUGAACGCCCCGUUUGCGUUCUGAAGUUGUUACUUUUUUAACGGUUAUUGUAUAAUCCGGUGGGGUUUUUUUGUUCAUAUGACGCUUUAAACUUCAUUUAAUUUAUGAAAAUGUCGUCGACGCCCUUCUUGGUAGGAAUCUUGUUUUUGGCUCUGUUUGUAACCGACGUGUACUCGGUUCUUAACAGCUUAAAGGGCUCCAGUAUUGUCCUCAGUCCAGAUGUGGAAGAACCUUCGAUCAUCAGCGUAACAUGGAAACAUGGAGCUGAUUUGGCAGCAGAAUGGUUUGGAGGGAGUGUAACGUUCUACCGCAGCUUUAAAGAUCGCUGCAGCUUAGACACUAAAUCAGGAGAAUUGACGAUCAAUAACGUGAAGCUGGAGGACGGCGGCGUGUACACGCCAGAGAUUAACAACAACGUCCGAGCUGCUGUAACACUCCGAGUUCUCUCUCCAGUCCCCAAACCCAACAUUACUCAUGACUGUAAGCCAGAGCAAACCAAAUGUACUCUCACCUGUACGUUUCAUAAAACAGACGAUAUGGGAGAAGUUCAGAUUAUCUGGAUUCAUGAAAACAGGGUUGAAAAAGGAGAUGGGGCUCUAGAAAUCACAGAGGAGACGAAGGAGAAGACGUUCAUCUGCAGUCUGGAAAAUUCUGUCAGCUCUGAGAACAGCACCGAGCUGCAGAAUCCUCUCCUGACCGAUGGUAAAUCCGGAAGAACACAUAUCGCUGUUGUUUUGAGCCUGUUAGUUUUAGCUGUUUGUGCUGUCUUCCUGUUUCUUCUCUACAAAAAACAUCCCAUAAUUAUGAGGUUUUUCAACAAAAGAGAAGAAACAUCGACGAAUGAAGAACAAGAGAAUCUGACUGAGGACCUUUGGCCCAACGGUACAGAGGGAAUCCUAAAAACUGAAUCUGUGACGACCAAAACCUCAACAGCUGCAGGUGGAGAUGUGGAUCAGUCUGAUGAGUCAAGUGAUUCAAUAAAAAAGGAAACAAAUCCGUUUUUAUCAGAGAUUGAAAAGUGUAAUGCAGAAUCCAGCGUCACUGUUACGGCUGAGAUCAACUCUCAGAACGAUCCAAACACUACAAACACACAAGAACCAGAUCAGAACCCAGAUCCUGUUUUAUCCAUAGAAUCCAAACCUGAUCCAGAGACGAACACCACAAACAGACCAGAACCAGAUGAGAGCCCAGAUCCUGCUCCAUCCUCAGAAACCAGACCUGAUCCAGAGGAAACAAGACCGAACCAAGAAUCUAGAGUCACUGUUACGGCUGAGAUCAACCAUCAGAACGAGUCUAACCCUCAAGAACCGGAUUUGGAACCAGCUACUACUCCAUCUAUAGAAACCACACAUGAGCCAAACUCUAAAACUGAUGAAGACGCUGAGAAUCUGAACAAGGAUCCAUCUGAAGAGGUCAACCAUGAAACUGGUUCUGGAUCAGCUGAGAAUGAUCCUCCAGAGACAGAGCGAGCUGAAGCCUCCUCUGGUUCUCCUGAUGGAGGCGUCUCCACCUCUGAGCCUUCCUAACAACUGUUACCUCUGACUGCAGAGUCCUACAAGAGGGAAUAGUUUCUCUGAUGUUCUGGAACAACAUCAGGGAACAAUGAUGGAGAGUUUUGAUCUGAACUACAAUUAUUUCUUUAUUUUUGCAGCUGUUUUUCUAUUCAUUUGUAUUUUUAAUACAGUGUUUCUCUGCUUUGAUAUAAAAAAAAUGCUUUUACAUAUUCAUGAUAUAUAUUCCUUAUUUUUCAGUCCAGGUCAAG